AUGAAGCCAACCGACAGCAGCGAGUCUGAAGGCGCCAACCAGGUCAUUCACGGCAUGGCAACCCUCAGUGUCAACCCCAGCCAGCCGUCUGCGAUCAUCAUGCAUCCCAGACCUGGUGUUGAUGUCGAUGUUCGCUCUGCUCUGAGUGACCCUGAGCCGUCAACAAUGCAUACCCAGAGCUCACCCCCGCGACCUUCGACUCUGACCACCAUGACGGUCAUCCCUGGCACAUUCAGCAGCCCCGCGGUACCAGAGAUCAGCACCACAUAUAUCCACCCAUCUGUUCGAACCCAGGCGGCUGAACAUUUUCCCCAAAUUUGCCAACACCCUCAACCGUUUCCUGGCCACUACAAGCCACACCGUCAUCAGCCUCGUUCCCAAGCCGCCCGCAAUCGUCCUUGCCAGAAGCAUACCUCUACCGCUACCGCUGCUCACCACAUGCGGGCCCGUCACCAGGGGCAGUCUUUGAUGCGCGUGGGGGACCCAGACCAUGCGCUUACUCACCCUAUCAACAAUCGCAAAAGAAUGGGGUUCGAACAAAUGAGACAGGAGCACAGAGAUCUGGCUGCCAAACUUCGUGCACUCAGGGCCGAAUUUGAGUCAAUAAACACCCUUCACCGAGAAUUGACCUUGGGUUCUUCUAUGUCUUCUCUUUCUCUGACCGCCGGAGAGCCGAAGCCCUUGUCUGUUUCUGAAGACAGAAUGGAGCAUUUGCUGGCGGAGAUGCGAGGAGGAAAUAGCUUGAUGAAGGAGGAGAUGUCGGUAGAGGGUGGUGGUGAGGAUAAUGUGGAGGAUGUCAUGGAGGAGUGA